UGUGCGGUGUGCGCGCUCCUCCUCUCUCAUCCACCGGAUCCUCUUUGCAGUUAUGUCUCUAUACAUAUAUUCCUCCUCACAAUGUCUGAGUUUCCUUACUUUCUGUUGAUCACGCUGCUGAUUCUGAGUGAAGAUGGGUUGAGAGGGCUCGACAGCGCACUGGUCGUAACUAACCGAGAUGUCGACAACUUUGUGGAAGAUGCUCAGCAACUGCCCGAGCUAAUCCAUCAUCAGUUCCUGAAGACCGACGUCACUGAAUCAGCGACUGUCUUCACUCUGAAGGUUCACGUGAGAGACGCAGCCAGUCGGCAGGGUCUCAAAGGGGCGUCUGUGGAGGUCUUUGUCAACCAUGCUCUCUCCAGUUCCACCCUCACUAGUGAAGAUGGCUCCGCAGUGCUUCGAGUGCCCUACUCGCCACAGCAGUCCGUCACUAUAGUGGGCAGCCUGAGCGGCUAUGUUCUCACACCACUCCCAUGGAAGGCCUCCAGAAUGCCAAUAUUCUCAUCCGUGACUCUAUCGCUGGUCUCUCAAACCCAAGGGAAUAUCUGGCUGUUUGAAGACUCUGUUUUGAUAACAGGAAAAAUAUCAGAGUCCUUGCCAAAUGUGCAGUUCCAGAGGAACCUGCUUACGGUGCCAGAAUGUAACAUUUCUACUAUUUCAGCCUACCUGACAGUGCCACAAGCGACUGCUGAGAAAAGCAUCUUUUAUAAUACCAUGGGAGUCCUAAUCAGCAAGUCAGGGUAUAGGAGUAUUGAGCUGAAACCAGCAGCUGCUGUUAACGUAGAGCUCAGCUGUAAAAACAGAGAGGUCCAGGUUGCUGGCCCCAUUCAGAUAAGCCUUCUUCUGCCAGACAACAGUGGCCUGAGCGUCUCCGAUACUGUUCCCGCCUGGGCCUUUGACAGCAAGGCUGGUGCCUGGGUGAACCAAGGUCUGGGCCUUGUCAUCCGGCAGGAUGGUGCACUAGUGUGGUCGUUUACAGCACCCCACCUGGGCUUUUGGAUCGCUGCACCAUUUCCUUCGUCCAGUGGUUUUAUGGGCCGUGCCAGUCACACAGACUUCCAUCAACAUGCGUAUCUGCUCAUGGCUGUUCUGGCUGGGACUAUCCUAAUUGUAUCGGGAAUAUUGACGGUGCUGCUGUGUAACUGUAGAUGCUCUUCCUGUGUAAGACCACCAAAGAGAACCACAGAUAUCCACAUGGAUCUUUUUAAAAGAGACCAGACCACGUCUACUAACAGCAUGUAUCAACAGCAGUUUACUUAUAAAGACCCAGAAGGCAAUGAAGAUACUACUCAGAAAGCUGACAUCUCUAACUUCAAUUUUUCAACUCAUUCUAAUGGUAGGAAACACAAUCACUAUGUGGACAGUCGAAAACUACCAGGGGCCCAUCAUCUCUAUGAUAACGUAGGUAACGUGGCGCAGCAAGCCUUCCCUGCCUCCUUUGCCCCACAUUACAUCAAUGCCUGCCAGGCUGCGAGGCCUGAAGGAGGAUCUGAUCAAACGAGAGUCCCUGUGGCGCUGAGUGAGAAGGUGUUCCUUUCUGAGAGGGUGGUGCACGUCUACAACCAGCCCGUGGCCUUACUCCAAGCGGCAGAGCUCCUCCUCUCUGCCGAGCAGCCGUCAAGCUCCAUGUCAGCCACUCUCCCCAGGCCGGGAGCGGGCUAUGAAAGGCAGGCGGAGGCGCUUAGCAAAGACAACUUGACUCAGACCCACCCCCGAGCCCCCCCGCUGUCAGAAGCCCACAGGCAGAGGAGUGAGGAGCAGCAGGCGUCGGAAGGAUCAAAGGGGUCCCGCUCCAGCGCAAGAGCCUGGGGGCAUUUUAACACGCUGCUGGAGUCGGUCUCGGUGCCGGGGACGCUGAACGAGGCCGCGGUCAUGGGCCCUCUGUGCAGCGACCACCAAGGCUCGUCAGAACAGAACCUGCAGGAGCUCUCCAAAAGCAAGCCCUCGCCCCAUCCCAGGGCUUGGUUCGUGUCUCUAGAGGGCAAGCCGGUCGGCCAGAUCCGCCACUCGGUGUUAGACCUGCACAAGUGCCUGCACAAGGCCUCCGAGAAGAAGAACACCAGCCUGGACUCCGGGGUGGACAUGAACGAGCACGUGGCAGCCGGCGGGGGCGGCAGCAGGAAGAUGGAGCGGGAGAGGACGUUCGUCCGGAGCGCGGCCUCCAGCAGCGGCGGCGGCGGCGGCGGCGGCGGCAGGACCCAGCGGCUGUGCAGCGUCAACGACGACGUCGAGCUGAGCAGCAGCGAGAGCGCCACCACCGCCACCUGCACCCCGGAGGACCCCUCGCUGCGGAGCCUCCUGGACGGCGCCGGCGGGGCCGUCCCCGACAUCCCCGAGGAGCAGGACGGCGGCGCCGACACGUCCAGCGCCCAGGAGGACAGCGAGUCCAGGUCCACUCCGUCCCCGCGCCGCCUGAGGAAGCCCAAAGACAAGAGGAGGGCUGACAGGCAGAGGAGCUCGUGGCUUAUGAAGGAGGAGAGGCCUCUCAUGAAGCUCAACUAGCAAGCUACAUGUGUGGUGAACAACAGAAAAAACAACAUGGCCAACAUUAAAGUCCACACCAGAAAGGAAUAUGAGCACAAAUGUCACUAUUAUACAGCACAAUAUGCUAACAGUCUCUAACAAUCCUUACUUGUCCAGUAACAAGUGUAUAAGUAGCAAGUAUUAUAUUAUGUUUGUUGCUGUUUCAACACAUACAGGGGAUUUAUAGUAUUUAUUACUAUUUGUGAUAAACAAAGAAAUGGAGCCGUUUUUGUAUGGGUAUAGACUUUCUUAGCUGUCACUGGUGGUCACUGGCUGGGAAGGAAGAUACUUUGUGUACAUUUUUAAGGUAAUUUGUGUAUUCUGUUUCAUUACUACUUUCCACAUAGAAUUGUGGCUCUGUGUGCUUGGUCACAAUCUGCCAGAGGGCAACAAAUGAGUUCAUUUGAAAGAC